CAAAUAUUUUGUUCAAACAUGAAUCAUCGGUCUGUACGAAUUUUCGGUGUUAUCUUUGUCCUUUUUUAUGUAAUUCCCAAUAAUUUCUACGUUCAUGGAGCUAUAACGCUUCUGAGACAUUUAAGAAAGGGAUCAGAAGAAUUGAAUCAUGUUGACAAAGAUGAUAAUAAUGAAGAAGCCGGUUUUGAUUUGGAUCCAGAUGAAAUGAAUAAAUUCCACAUUUGGCCUUUAGGAGUUAUACCUUAUUAUAUUGAUGACUAUUCCUUUGAUAAAGCAUUACGGGAUACAAUUCGAGCAUUUUUAGACCACACAGGUCGAAUAACUGGAUUGCGUUUCCUGGAGUUGCUGCAGCCACCAGAAGAUGGCAGCCGAUGGGUCUUCUUUAUUAAUCGUCAAGGUCUCUUAGGUUGCGAAGAUCAUCCAUUCAAUAGCUUUACAAACGAAGGAGUACAGAAAGUAGUAUUAGGUUAUGACUGUUUAAAAAGUGAAAACGGUAUGGGGGAAAUUAUUUUGUCCCUGGUAGGUGUACCUCCACAACACAAUGCACCUAAUAGAGAUGAUUUCAUCAAAAUUAAAAAAGAUAACAUUAUGCCCGAUAAGUUAAAAUUGUUUAAAAUAUUGAGAGACGACGAGUGGCUUUUUCAUGACAUUGAGUACGAUUUUAAAAGUGUUGGACAUUAUGAUUCUCAUAAGUAUACAGUGAAUGGAGCAGCCACAAUUUUGCCACAGGAUGCUACAUUGGACAUGGAAAUUGGACCUGGAAAGUGUUUCAGCUAUAGAGAUAUCCAAAAAAUUAAGAUGUUAUACAAUUUUAUUAUAUCAAAACACAAGGAUAAUGCGCGUCUUCCUGAAUGUCUUAAAAUAUUUUCACCGGGGCCCAAAUUUAAGAGUUACAGACCAAAAAAGAAAGAUACAGUAACUCCAAGAAAUAAACCAAAUAAAUACUUAGGAAUAAAAGAUGAAGAGCCUGAAAAAUUAGUUGACAUAUCAGCUUCUAAAGAAACGAGGGAUAAAAAGAAGGCUAUUAAAAAAGAAGAUACACAAGAUAAUGCUCCACAAGAUGGAACGCUAGAAAACGUUAAACAUGAAUCUCAUGAGGAGCACGACAAAUCUCAUGAUGAUGUAGAAAAAAAUGGCAACACUGUACCAAGUGAUAAAAAUGAAGAUAAAAAUAGUGACCAUUCAGAUAAAUUAAAAAGAGAUAAGGAUGAUACUACACCACGGUCACAGACAUUAAAAUCUAAAUAUGAUAAAAAAAACUCAAACAAGGAUUUACUAAAUCUAUCUGAUUACGCAACGGGAGAGGAGAAUUAAAACGAAUACAUAGUUUGUUAAAAUUAUUUAUUUAAUUAACCAUUUAAUACAUUAUCUAUCACAUUAUAAGCACGUUUGUAUGUCACGUUUUACAUAACAUGUUUCACAUAUAACUUCGCAACACCAUUUGAAUUGACAAUUAC